AUGGCGGGAAGAGUCAAGAAGAAGGGAGAGGCCGGAGCGGCCAAGAACUAUGUCACAAGAAACCAGGCUAUCCGCAAGCUGCAGAUCAGCCUGCCCGACUUCCGCAAGCUCUGCAUCUGGAAGGGAAUCUACCCUCGCGAGCCGCGCAGCAAGAAGAAGGUUUCCAAGUCCUCGACCGCCUCGACGACCUUCUACUACGCCAAGGACAUCCAGUACCUCCUGCACGAGCCGCUGCUGCUCAAGUUCCGCGAUCAAAAGGCUCUCGAGAAGAAGAUUUCGCGCGCCCUCGGCCGCGGCGACGUUGGCGAUGCGAAGCGCUUGGAGAAGAACGCCGCCAGGCCCGAGGAGACUGGCAAGCCGAGAUACACCCUCGACCACGUCAUCAGAGAGCGAUACCCGACUUUUGUCGAUGCCGUGAGGGACCUUGACGACUGCCUGUCCAUGCUCUUCCUUUUCGCCAACCUGCCUUCGACGUCCUCCGUUCCCGCCAAGAUGAUUGCACGCUGCGAGCGGUUGACCCUCGAGUUCCAGCACUACCUCAUCGUGUCGCAGAGCGUUACCAAGUCCUUCCUUUCGAUUAAGGGUAUUUACUACCAGGCGAACAUUAACGGUGAGGAUGUCUUGUGGUUGGUGCCUUACAAGUUCAACCAGAGGGUUGUUGGCGAUGUCGACUUCCGCAUCAUGGGAACCUUUGUCGAGUUCUACAUGACGCUGUUGGGCUUCAUCAACUUCCGUCUGUACACCGGUCUCGGCCUCAAGUACCCGCCCAAGUUCGACCAGACCAAGGACAACCAGUCUGCCGAGCUUGCCGCCUUCACCAUUGAGGGCCAGAACCUCGCUGCCCCCGAGGAGCAGAAACAGAUCACCAACGGCGAGACCGAGCACCAGGUCGAUCCCAAGACUCAGGCCGCAGUUAACAAGGUCAUCAAGAAGCUCAAGUCUUCGGAUGCUGACAAGGAGGAGAGCAAGCCGGAGGAGCACACCGAGUCCACAGAAGAACCCACAAACGCCAUUGACAAGUUCGAGCCCGCGGCGCCCGGCGGUGACGUCCUGCCCCAACCUGUGCACUCGAGCUCCGACAGAGGCAAGCUGUUCGCCAACUGCACGUUCUACCUCUCCCGUGAAACCCCUAGACAACCCCUGGAGUUCCUUCUGCGAUCGUUCGGCUGCAAGCGCAUCGGCUGGGAUGCCGUCCUCGGCGAGGGUGCGUUCACCACCGAUGAGCGCGACCCGUCCAUUACCCACCAGAUCGUUGACCGUCCUCCGAUUUACGCGGCCAACAGCGAGGAAGGUGAUGGCGAGGAUAACCAGACAUCUCAGAAGCUUGCGCCCAACCAGCGCAUCCCCGGCCGGAUAUACGUCCAACCCCAAUGGGUGUGGGACAGUGUCAACGAGGAGGAGCUCAAGCAGCCGGAUCAAUACGCCCCCGGCGCCCAGCUCCCUCCCCAUCUCAGCCCCUUUGUCAGGCAAGUGCAGGGCGCGUACGACCCGACCGUGUCUCUCGAGGAGCAGGAGCCCGAAGGCGAGGCUCUUGCCGAGAGCGACGAGGAGAUGGCCGACGACGUGGACGCUGGCGACAUGGACGUUGCCGGCUCCGACGAGGAAGAGGAGGGCGAGGAUGGCGAGGGCUCCGACUUUGACGGAGUCUCCGAGGAUGAGGACGAGGCCGGGUCCGAGAACGACGAUGCGGAUGCGCAGCGCCAGCUUGAGCUCGAGGCCGAGCUCACGGGUGGCGCCGUCAAGCACAAGGCGGCCAAGCCAAAGACCAAGAAGGAGGCGGCCCGUAAGGCGCACGCUAAGAAGGUGGCCGAGGAGGCGGAGGAUAUCGAGCGGGCCAAGGGCAUGUUGAGCAAGAAGAAGAGAAAGCUGUUUGAGCAGAUGCAGUACACCAAUAACAAGAAGAGCGCAGAGGACGAGAAGCUGCGUGCCAAGAGGAGAAGGCUGGAGAAGCAGCUGGCCAACAAGAAGGCCAAGGCAUAG